GUGAUGAUGUAUGUGUUUGAUGUCAGAUACUCGUGUGAGAGGAUGGCUCCUACUGGAUUCCUACACACCAACAUUCUUGCUGACCAUCACCUACCUCCUAACUAUCUGCCUGGGAACAAAAUAUAUGAGAAACAGACCAGCAUACUCACUGAAACAUGUUUUACUGCUGUACAACUUCUCUCUUACUAUGUUGUCUUUAUACAUGCUGGUUGAGCUGAUAUCAUCAGUCUGGUCUGCAGGUUAUCGUCUUCAAUGUCAGGGUCUGCAUGAAGCUGGUGAAGGAGAUAUCAGGGUAGCAAAAGUGCUGUGGUGGUACUAUUCCUCCAAGCUGGUUGAAUUCCUGGACACCAUCUUCAUUGUGCUGAGGAAGAAAAACAACCAGAUCAGUUUCCUACAUGUGUAUCAUCAUGCAUCUAUGUUUAACAUCUGGUGGUGUGUCCUCAAUUGGAUACCUUGUGGACAGAGUUUCUUUGGGCCAACGCUAAACAGUUUCAUCCAUAUUCUCAUGUAUUCUUACUAUGGUUUGUCAACCAUUCCAUCCAUGCACAAAUAUCUGUGGUGGAAACGCUACCUCACACAGGCUCAGCUGGUUCAGUUUUUAUUAACUAUAACACACACAGUAAGUGCAUGGGUCGUUCCUUGUGGUUUCCCUCUGGGCUGUCUGAAAUUUCAAACCUUCUACAUGUGCACACUUGUCACCCUGUUUGUCAACUUCUACAUGCAGACAUACAGAAAGAGGAAGCUGGAGGGUGACAGAAUUGCUAAGGUUGGAGAUCCUAAAAACAGUAACUCUAAUGGCCUUUCACCCACUCUCAACGGAUCAAACUCCAAACAGAAGCUGCAGUGAUGCCACAAUAUGGAGCAAAAUAGAAUGCUCUUCUCAAUUCACUUAUACUAGCACAAUAGUAACCAUAAUCAUCUGAUAAUCAAAAUGCUAGUUUAAUAAAUUAGAGUAGAACUUUUUUAACAAUUUUGUAUCUUUGUUUUGCAUAUGUUCCACUUAAGACAAUGGAAAUGCUGUACAACAAUUUUGUGUGGAAAAACAUUUUUCAAACUCUUAUUCAAAAUAAACACAUCUGUUAUGGAGUACAGUAUCUACUUUAUUACACAUCUUUGGCAAUUUAUCUCUAAUGACAAGAAAACAUUCGGUAAUAUCCCCUAAAUCACUAUAAUAAUCUAUUGUUCAACAAAGGAUGCCUUAGGCUAAGUCUUAAUCUGAUACAACCAUUCAGUGUGUAAUUGAAUGUACUGAUAUGUAGGAUCUUAUAUCAUAGCACUAAUAAUAUACCUUUCCCAAGUCUUCAUUACCAUUCAUGGAUUGUUAGGUAUAAAUGUCAAGUCCCAUUAAAAAUGCUGUAUA